AUGAAGUGCGCGAGAUCGAAGACCGGGCCGAGAAGAAACCUAGUGGUGACAGUGGUCAGCGCCGCACGGGAAAACGGAGGUGCGGAGAGCAAAGAGCGCCUGGGCGACGCGGGGCGCGGGCAGGCAGCGGCCACAGCGGCCGAGGAGCCGCCUAAUGCAGAGCUUUCACCUGCGCUCGUGCCUCGGGGCGUGGCGAGUACUGCAAAGCUGCUUACGCUCAAUCUUCACACAGAGCGCUCGCGCGCCGCCCCUCUCUCGCCCAGUGACCUCAGGCAUGGAAGCCAUCAUGUCGGAGUUUUUCAACGAUACGACGACGGCGUUCUACAUCAUCUUAAUCGUCUGGAUCGCCGACCAAUACGACGCCAUUUGCUGCCAUACGUCCAUCACGAAGCGCCAUUGGCUGAGGCAGGGGUUAUUGCGGGGGCGGCCCCUGGCGCCGACGACUGUCGUAAUGCGCUCAAAGAGGACGCGCUGCGCGGACCCGACGGCUGGAAUGCUGCUCAAGGGAACAUUCAUAGAGAAGCACACGCGUUGCGGCCAAGAAGUGGCGCUGUGCUGUUUGAUUUUCACAUAUAUCCUAAAAGGAAAGAAACUACAUGGCAUUGCUGA